AUGUCGUUAAGUACCUGGAGGCAAUUUCAAUUGUUCGAGAGUAUACCAAUAAAGGAUCCUUUCAUCGAAAGUGAGAAUGCGCUAUACUCAGACCAUACUUUAACAGCGAUUGCAUCGCUUAAUGAGACGUAUAUAGCCAUUGCGGUUCAGUCGAGCUUGAUAAAGAUUGUAGAUCUUCAUGAUAUGCGUGUUCAAUUUGAGUUUGAGGCAUACACUUCCGAGUAUCAAUUGACUUAUCUCGAGCGGGUGUCAGACUCAUUUGUCCUAAGUGUUGGAGAGUGCAUUGGAAAGCCUUUGGUAAUCAAACUUUGGAAUUUAGAAAAGAUGCCAACGGAUGAGAGAAAGUACCAUGCAAUGGCAGAAGUGAGGAAUGGAUCCAAUUCUUACCCAGUAUCUUCCAUUUCUUGCAGCUUGCAUAAUUCUUGCAUAGCCGUGGGGUUUACUGAUGGACAUAUUAUACUUGUUAGAGGUGAUCUUCUUAGGGAUAGAGGAUCUAAGUAUAGGAUAAUAUAUGAAGAUCCCAAUAAGGAGCCGAUUACUGCUGUUUCAUUGAAUAAUGACGCAAGAACACUCUUUGCAACUACAACAUCAAAAAUCAUGUUGUUCAAUACAUCUGGGAGGAACAAUGGCAAACCGGAUAUGAUUUUAAAUGAUACCGAGGGAGUUGAUUUGAAAUGCGGAGUAAUGAAUAAAUCUACGGAUGAGUUCAUUUGUGCAAUGAAGAAUAGAUUAGACAUAUUCAUGAGUUCAGGUGGUAAAAGAUCAUUGAUUGUUGAUAUUCCACAUGCGAAACAGAUAUUUCCAAUUUCAGAAGACAGUCUUCUAAUACUGAUGUCUAAUGAACCAAAAUCAACUCUACACCUUGGAAAUACCUCGUCUGAAACUACAAGAGCAUUAAUUCUUGAUACAAAAAACAAAAUAGUAUCUCUGACAUUGUUAAUUACAAGUUCUGUGAUCGAUAUAUUCAAUGAUGGAGCUAGCAUAAACUUAUUAACGUCCGAUGGGUUUAUUUAUAAACUAAAAGAGAAGAAAUUAGAAGAUCAAAUCAAAACAAUAUGCCAGAAGGAGAUAUACCCAGUGGCAUUAAAAAUCGCCGAACAACAUUCUUUGCCAAUUGUAAGGAUUCAGGAGAUUAGAAAAUUGUACGCAGACUACUUGUUCAAGAAGGGUUCUAAGCGAGAGGCAAUUGAACAAUAUAUGGAAUCCCUAGAUGUGUGUGAUCCAACAGAAAUUAUCUCGAAGUUUGGAGUUGAACAGAAGACAAAUUCAGAUGACUCUAUCAACUUGAGGGACUUCUUGUGGACACUGGUAAGAGAAGGAAAAGCCAAAGUUGAUCAUGUAACUUUAUUAUUGACACUUAUGAUAAAACUACACGACCUCAAAGGGUUAGAAUUUUUCAUUAGUAAUUAUAGGAGAGAUGGAACUUUCGCUAAUGAACCAGAGACGUUCGGGAAAUGGUCGAUGACAGAUGACUCUUAUUUUUACUCUGAUAAAAAAUUAUUUGAUCUUGAUACUGUCGUAAGACUUUUAUUGGAAAGUGAUCUUCUCGAACUUGCUCACAAAUUCGUUCUUAAGUUUUCAAAAGAUCCCGUAAACGUGAUAAACAUUGUACUUUUACAAAAAAAAGAUGCUCUAGAGUCUCUUAAUUACAUCAAAAGUUUACCUGUUGACGAUGCAUUGAGGGUUUUAAUUAAGUUUUCUAAAAAACUUCUAGAUAUGAUACCGAAUGAAACCAAUUUGCUAUUGAUUGAUUUAUUCACUGGUAAAUACCAGCCGUCGGACUAUGACGCUGGAAAGACUAAUCUAAAAUACAAAGAAGGAACAGCAAAAGAAAAAAAUGAAAGUGAAGACAGUACGCCAUUGGUGUUCUAUAAUUAUCACAGCUUUUUCGAAUAUAUGCUACCGUCUUCUGCUUCUGGUGCAUCGAAUAGUGACCAAGCUUCAAUUCAUGAACCAACGUAUCAUCCACCUAAACCUAAUCUAAUCUUUUCUUCAUUCGUUCAAAAGCCCUUCGAAUUCGUUGUUUUCUUGGAAGCAUGUCUUGAGACGUAUAAAAGAUUCCAAGGCUAUGAUCAAGACCGCCAAGAAAUAUUAACAACUUUAUAUGACAUUUACUUGUCUUUAUCAGAAGAUGAUAUUGACGAAAGAAAACCAGAAUGGAAGAGUAAAGCUGAAGCGGUACUAAAGGAGUCCGAAAAUCGAAACCUCAAACCAAUAUCUGGAAAGGAUACAGACAAAUCUUUAAUGCUAUUAAUAUCUCAUAUGCAUGAUAUGAACCCCUUCACCCUUUCCUCAGUAAAAGAUGAAGAAGUGCCAAACUCUCUGAUUAGCCACGUCAGUCUAUCUGAUGUUUUUCGGUCAAUGUGCCUAACAAGUCACCCAAAAGAGUGUCUCACUUUCUUAGAACAGUAUGGCAGCAAGGAUCAUGAACUAUACAAAGUUGCAAUGUCUCAUUUCAUCUCUAGAAAACAAAUCUAUGAUGAUAUUGGUGGCGAUGAUACAUUCAAGGAAGAAGUCUUGAACAAAGUACUUGAAUUUGAUUUAAUGUCUCCUCUUGAUAUCAUUCAAACUUUGAGCAGUACAAACGUAGUAAAAUAUGGUGUCAUAAAAGAAUUUUUGGUUAACUAUCUAAAAACAGAGAAUGCGGAAAUCAAAAAGAAUGAGAUGUUAGUGGAAUCUUAUCAGAAAGAGCUUGAACAAAAAAAAUCAAAAUUAAAAGAACUCAUAGCGUCAGAAUCUCCCUUGCAAGUAAAAGUAAAGAAACGGUUAUGCGACGGUUGUACUUUUUUGAUAGAUUUUCCAAUGGUAUACUUCAAAUGUGGCCACUUAUACCAUCAAAGGUGCUUGAAUGAAGAAAGUGACUCCGAUCUUUUGUAUCGCUGUCCUCAAUGUGUUCUGGAAACAGAAUCAGGAAAGAAAAUCAUGGAAUCGUACAAGACCUCUACUCAAAAUCCAAAUUUACUAAGGGCAGCGCUCUCAGAUUUAGAGCCAAAGGAUGAUAGGUUCGGUAUCGUGACUGAUUUCAUUGGUAAAGGUGGUUUGGAUGACCCAAACUAUUUUGUUUUGCAAAGCUGA